AUGUCCAGUGACCACGUAGACCCACCUAUGUCUCUAAGAUCAGCCCGUACCCCGCAGGCGUGUGACAGAUGUCGCCGGCAAAAGCUCAAGUGUGACGAGUCGAGACCAUGCGUGUUAUGUGUGCGUUCAGGCACCAAAUGUCAAACAUUCCAUAGAGUGCAAGCUCGAAGUCGAAAAAGACAUACAAAGAUAGCUGGGAACAGCUACCUUCAUUCGUCUACUAGACCCAGACCAAUAGCUCCUGCAGCGUCAGGAAGAUCGAAUCUACCACUUAACGCGUCAAAAAAAGACUGCCUUCUCAGCUCAGCAUCCAGCAGCAAUGAUUCUAGAAAGCAGCCAGGGACGGGGGUAAACAGUUCUACCAUCGACUUUGCGAGGCAUGUCUUCAACGAAAAGGAAGCUGGGAGAGCUUUUACCAGGGCAUCUAUCGUGGGAGAUACGGGUGUUCCUGAGUCGGAGGGUGGUCUUUGGCAUCUGACAGAAUUGAUCUUGCCACCAGAACCUGUGAUUUUGGAAUUGAUCGACGCAUACUUUAAUCGUAUGCACUGGUUCAUCCUUCUGUUUCACGAGCACUCAUUCAGAGAGAUGGCCAAGCGGAUCAUAAGCUCCACUUCAUGGAGAAAUCAAGACCUAGGGCCUGCAAUGGCAGUGCUGAUGGUACUCGCAGUUGGGUUGCAGGCGGCUUUAUCAGAUAAGGAAUGGCCUGGGCACAAAGUGCUACACACACAUGGAAUCGAUGAGCAGAGUCUGCUGAAAAGCCUUAUCAAAGAGAUUAUGCUUCAUCUUAUUGAUUUAUCCGCAAACCCCCAGAUUGAAACCGUUCAAGUAUGUCUUUUACUUUCAUCCUACUAUGUAUACCACAGUGCACCGAAUCUUGCCUGGAUGGUCUCCGGUAUGGCUGUGCGCUGUGCGUAUGCCCUAGACCUCCAUCAUAAGGCACAUAUAUGCGACGAUGUUGUUUUGGAUGAGAUUCGAUCACGAUGCUGGAACCACGUCAUUGUCGCGGACGCUUUUACUUCUAUGAUAUAUGGACGCCCAACCGCCAUUGAUAGCGAAUUUGCGGUCGUGCAUCCUCUCCGAAAUUUGGAAGACCUACUCAUUGAUCCUCUUAUUCUGGGAAACCCAUCAUUCUGCGGUGCUAGUGAUAAUUUCACACGAGCCGCGUUUCAUACUGUGAAAUAUGAGAUUUAUAACAUUGUUCGGAGGGCUUUGGUACGCAUUCGGCGAUUUCAGUCACAAAAUGAAGUGACAGAAGGUGACAUCCAUGCAGUCGCUGCAGUAGUAAGAGAUGCAGAAACACUACUUGCAAAGUUGCACCGAAACAUCCCACAGCUUUUCAAUGUUGAUCAUUGGAUAAACGAUGGUCAGCGUGAGCGGCUCGAUUAUCAACUUCAAAUGCUUCCUUCUCCUAUUAGGCAGCAGGCCGAGACAAUAUUUCUCCAGGCAGCUACCCUUCAACUCACCUACGAUGCUGCAACAAUUCAAAUACACAGACCUCUUCUGGAAAUGAAGCAUCGCGAUCUCUAUUCGCAAGAAGUUGUCGACUCUAUACAACGCUCGCUAUACGUCGCCACAACAUCUGCAAUUCGGAUGUCUCGCAUCCCAGUCGACCACUUUCGAAAUCAUUUUGCUGAGAGCUUUGCUGUCAUGCAUCAAUUCACCGCUGGUGUCAUUCUUUGUAUUUUACCCACAAGUCAGCCUCUUACUGUAUCAGCCAUUGAAGCCAAGAAUGGGGUGAUUAGGAUUAUUCGGCUUAGUUCUACUUUGAGUGGCCAUAAUCAAAUCGCCCGUCAAACGAACCAACUCUUGACGGAGCUCCUCAAAGUUACGAGUCAACGCGAAAUUUCCUCUGCCCUGAAUAUAUGCCAAGACCCUCAUGACAUGAAAAAUCAUAGUGAAAGUGUAUUGACAAUCAAUUCGCAGCAUCCACAGUCAUCGGAGAUGGUCAUCGACCGCCGCGAAGGAACAUCCAUCUUCCAUCGAGAACCAGAGAGCGAGAUCACGGCUCUAACACCUGACGAAAUUCAUCAAGAUGCAGUAUCUUAUACCCUGCAGGAAAAUCACCACAGAUUCCAUGUUCCCUCUGAGCCUGUUGCAUUACUUCCAGAUAAUUCUCUGUUUCCAUCCGGUCCAAUAUUUCAGCAGCUAGAUGACGCCUUCGGAGCAUUUGGAGAGUGUAAGAAUACGGUCAUAUAUCUCACUUUCUUUCACUCACUAAUAAUCAUGUUAAUAGUGAUGUUUAAUCUAAUACCUGACGACCAGAGUAGUGCCUGGGGCUGGGGUCGACCAUCAUGA